AUGACCUCUGUGUGGCACGAGCUGGCGGCCGGCAGUGUGGGCGGCAUGGCCGGUAUCCUGGUGGGCCACCCCGCCGACACCAUCAAGGUCCGCCAGCAGACGCUCGGCGGCUCUCCUCUGGCCACCCUGCGCACCACACUGAAACACGAGGGCACGCGCGGCCUCUACAAAGGCAUGGCGUUUCCCCUGGUCACUAACGGCCUGCUGAACGCCAUCUACUUCGGCGCGUACUCGGGCGCACUGCGAGGCCUGGACUGGGCGCUGGGCGGCCCGGCGGGCGGCGGCUCCGCCGACAGGCCGCCCGACACGGGUCGGCUGUUCGUGGCCGGCUGCGUGGGCGGCGUGGCGCAGCUGGUGGUCGCCACGCCCGUGGACCUGGUGAAGAUUCAGCUGCAGACGCGCACUGAGGGCGCCGGCUGGCGCGCGCACUACACGACCGCGGCGCGCGGUCCGCUCGGCUGUCUGGCCGAGCUGUACCGGCGGCGCGGUGUGCGCGGCUGGUACCACGGUCUGGGCGCCAUGGCCGGCCGAGACGUGGCCUCGUUCGGCCUCUACAUCACGCUGUACGAGCGGGCCAGCUGGGAGCUGCGCCGGCUCCUCCGGGACGGGCCGCGAGCCCUGUUCGCCGGCGGCACGCUGCUGGCGGCGCGAGCGUUUGUGGUGAACGCCGUCAUCUUCCUGGGUUAUGAGUGUGGUCUGGAGGCGAUCCACUGGCUGGAGUACCGACCGAACUCCACUGCCGUGCUAGCGUCGUCGGGAGAGGACUAG